AUGACGUUGAAUGAUACAGAAGUGCAGCGUCAGAUUCGCCACAUGAUGGCCUUCAUAGACCAGGAAGCUCGAGAAAAGGUGGAGGAGAUAGAUGCCAAAGCCGAAGAAGAGUUCCAAAUAGAAAAGUCCCGUUUAGUACAAAAUCAGCGGCUCAAAAUAAUGGAGUACUACUCAAAAAAGGAAAAACAGAUAGAACUGACCAAGAAAAUUCAGGAUUCCAACUUAAAAAAUCAGUCUCGUCUUAAGGUUUUGCAGAGCAGAGAAAAUCACAUUGAAAUGUUGCUUAAGGAAGCCCGGGAACGUUUACGGAUGGUUACCAGAGAUCGGGAUGUUUAUCAGAAGUGCCUUUCAGGACUUGUCUUAGAGGGGCUUUUCCAGUUACUGGAACCAGAAGUUAUUAUCAGAUGCCGUCAGGUUGACCGUGAUUUAACUCAAAAUGUUCUACCAGAAUGUGUUGCCGCCUAUCGAAAGCAGACGGGUACUGAUUGCAGAGUCACAAUCGAUAACAACUACUUACCUGAUAGCCUAGCUGGCGGAAUUGAAGUUUACAAUAAAGAUGGGCGUAUUAAAGUAGUAAACACGUUGGAAAGUCGUUUAGAUCAAAUUAGUGAACAUUUAAUGCCACAACUACGUGAAAUUUUAUUCGGAGUAAAUGAAGGUCGAAAAUUCCGCAAUUAA